GACGAAGGACGGAGACGUCUGCGAAGCCUCCGAGAAGAUCAAGAUCGACAUCAAGAAAACGUCGUAUUGCGAGGCCACGAUCUCGCUCACGCUGGUCGAGGCCGGGUCCAUCGACUCCGGACAGUACCGUCUUAAGCUCAGCAACGAGGUCAACGAGACCAGCACCGAGACGGCCCUCAUCGUUAGACCUGUCCGUCGGAAGCCCAAGAUCACCAAGAAGCCUGAAGAUGUUCAUAUUAUGGACGGGAAGGCCUGUGUCCUCAGGGCUAAGAUCACAGGCUUCCCCAAGCCUCAGGUUCAGUGGCUCAAGGACGGCCACCAGGUCUACCCUACGGACCUGGUAGACACCGGCGUCACGGCUGAAGGUCUCUACUACCUGGAGUUCAAGGUGGUGAGUGAGGAGGACGCUGGCCGCUACACCGUGGUGGCCGCUAACGACGAAGGCACCGUAGAAGCUGAUGCCGUCCUUACUGUAACGCCUCCACCUUCGAGGCCAGAGUUCCUACAGAGCCUCAAGGCCAGCAAGGUCAUCCUCGGGUACCCUGUCAGGAUGGAGGUCAAGCUUGGAGGCUCACCGAGACCAGAGGUCCAGUGGUUGAAGGACGGCCAACCCGUCAACUUGGACGGGAAACACUUCAAGCAGAUCGUAGACCCAGACGGAACGGUCAUCCUCCAGAUCGACUCGGCCUCCGAGGGCGACAUGGGAGAGUUUACAUGUGUGGCCAAGAACGCCGAGGGCGACUCCAGGUCCUCAGCCACGCUCUCUGUUCUAGGAUUCAAACGAGAGGAUGGCCAGCCUGACGGGCCGGCCAGGUUCUCUGAGGGUCUGAAGGACGUGAGCUUCGACGAGGGCCAGACCAUCACGCUGCCGGUGGCCAUGAAGGGCGGCCCAGUGCCGGCCAUGAAGUGGUUCAAGGACGGCGAGGAGAUCAAGCUCGGGGAGCGAGCCUUCUUCACCUACGACGGCGAUAGGGCGUUCUUGGAGGUCCGUCCGGCCAUAGGUUCUGACUCAGGCAAGUAUAAGUGUGUGAUAGAGAACCCUCACGGCUCCGCCGAGACCGAGUGUGAGGUCACCAUAAGGAAGAGCUUCGAGGAGCCGUGCUUCACCUCCACCUUCCCCAGCCAGUCUAAGCUUCCUGGACACGAUGUCAAGAUGUCGGUGAAAUACGACGGUGUUCCAUUGCCUGAGUUGACUUGGUACUUCAACGGCAAGCCAAUCGUCCCCGAUGGCGACAAGUUCCGCAUCAGGCGAGAGGGAGACGGACAGACACUCUACCUGAAGGACUGUACCUACAGCGACUCCGGCAAGUACAAAGUCGUGGCCAAGAACCGUGAGGGACAAAUCGAACACGAAGCCGAGCUGGAGGUUGCGGACGUUGUGGAUCCGAACAGGCGGGCUGAGGCACCAGUCUUCCUCAAGGCCAUUGGGGACCAGGAGGUGUUUGAGGGCUCCAAGGCCCUCUUCAAGGCCAUCGUCGUGGGCAGACCCGAGCCUGAGUACAAGUGGUACAAGAACGGAGGUCAGGUCAUUGGAUCGAACCGCGUGGUGAUCGAGAAGGACCCGGAAGGCCUCAUUCGUCUUAGCAUCAGACACGUCACCUCGGAGGACUCUGGCGUCUACUCCCUCAAGGCCUGGAACGAACAUGGCGAAGCCUCAUGCCAGGGCAAGCUCAUCUGUGAGACCUUGACGAGUCUCAAGAAGCGGCCGGUGGGUGACGAGUACCAGGGCUUCGACAGGAUCCGUCGCUCCGGAGUGCCCAUGCCGCUUCCAGAGAAGCCCAUGAUCAGUGCCCUGUCAGACCGUCGGGCGACCAUUUCCUGGAUGCCCUACCUCGCCAACCCCCACACCCAGCCCGUCACCUAUCACGUGGAGAUGUGUGAGAGCCCUGAGGGCGAGUGGGUGACAGUGAGGACAGGUAUCCGUGGUUGUAGCGUCGACAUCACUAACUUGUUACCCAAGAGUGACUACAAGUUCCGUGUGAGGGUGGCCAACAAGUACGGUGUGUCUGAGCCGUCUCCUUACGCCAUGACUUACAGACACAAGCUGGAACUGCCACCCAUAAGCUACGAGCCGAAGAUGGACCCCAACUAUGACUUCAGGGGUGACGGCCCGUACGUACCGGAGGGCUUCAAGAUCAGCCGAGACACCUACGGCAACUAUUACGCACCUCCAAGAUUCCUCCGUCUCGACCACGACACCCAGUACGGUCUCCGAGGCUUCAACGCUUACGUCAAGUGGUACGCUUACGGCUACCCGCUGCCGAAGGUGAGGUUCCUGCGUGACAACAAGCCCCUGGAUGUGGGCGGGAAGGGACGCUUCACCUACACGCAGGAGUCCACGGGAGAAAUCUGUCUCUACAUCGACAGGAUGACUGAGUCGGACGUGGGGCGCUACGAAUGCAUCGUCACUAAUGAGCACGGAGAAUCCCGCCAGCGCAUCCAACUGGCCUUGUCUGAGUACCCGCGGGUCCUCCAGCCCCUCGAGGAGAUCCACAUCAAGGCCAACUCCUCCGGCAGGAUCAUGUGCAGAAUCUCUGGCUAUCCACCCUGCGAAGUCAAGUGGUUCCGCGACUGGGAGCCUAUCACUCCUUCCUUCAGGUUUAGGCCCAUGUACAGCGAGCCGGACUGGUACAUCCUCAACAUCAACGGCGCCUCGACGAAGGACGCUGGUCUCUACUCCGUUGCUGCCGUCAACGUCGCUGGCAGCGUCCACUCUUCCUGCAUGGUCCACGUCCAGGAGGACGACACCGGGUUCUACUGGACCGGGCCAGGGAUGGGCCGCCAGGUGGCCAUCAACCAUCGGCGCGGCACGCUGGAAGACCACUACGAUGUCGGAGACGAGAUCGGCAGAGGCACCCAGGGCGUCGUCUACCACUGUGUGGAGCACCACACAGGCAGGAACUUCGCAGCCAAGAGCAUGUGGGGCAAGGACAACUUCAAGACGUGGAUGAGGUUGGAGUACGAGAUGAUGAACCUCAACAACUCCUGCAAGCAGAUCCUUCGCCUCUACGACGCCUACGAAGGACCCAAGAACAUGGUCCUUGUCACUCAUCUCUGCGGCGGCGGUGACCUGCUGGGGGCCCUCACUCAGCGUCAGCACCUGACGGAGUACGAGGUGUGUGUCAUCAUCAGACAGGUCCUCCUCGGCCUCGACUACAUGCACGACCACUACAUCGCUCACCUCGGCCUCAAC